AUGGGGUUAUUCAGGCUGUGAAAAAAAUGAUUGUUUUCCGUUUUUUUUUCGUUUUUUUACGUCAAAAAAUCCAUUUCAGCGAUGUAAAAAAACGAAAAAAAACGGAAAACAAUCAUUUUUUUCACAGCUUUUUUUUUCACAGCACAAGUACUGCCUGCGACGAAGGCGAGCAGUCGCAGAACCUGGUGCUAUUCGAUCACGAAGCCGCUAGCCGGGUCGACGCACCGAUGGCACUUCCGAGUGGCAAGAAAGUGCUUUUAACGAGCCUCGUGAACUUGGACGACACGAGCAAGUGGACAUCAAAAAAAGUGGAAACUAGUAUUGAACGUGCCGUGAUCGCUGUCUCGCACAAGGUAAGGCAAACUACUGGAUUAGCUCAGAUAUUGUUCCUUCAGAUCGCUUCCUGCGAUCGCUUCACCUCAAUCUACUGUGCACCAGAAAGCGGCCGCUCCACUCGGUACGUCCCGAUGAAACCCGGAUUCUUCACUCAUUUCGCAUGUAAGUACAGGAAAACAAGUUGCACAAUGACAACAUCAUCUUUAAGACGUCCUCACUGUUGGCUUCGGUAUCGACGACACAGUCAUCAACAAGACGUCUCUAAUUUCGACGAUCACUUCGACUACAAGAAAUUUCCUGUAUGUUUAUGCGUCCUUAUCCUUUUAAAAAACGACUCAUUCACAGGAACAGGAUGAGAAAGAAGAAACAACAAGUGGUGGACGAGCUUCUUGCUGAAUUUCGCGAAGAAACUAAGAAUAAGUGAGACUCGAAUAAUCUUCUUUUUCUAAUCUUCUAACAAUUCAGUCGGGCCGACGAUGAUAAUCAUCAACGCGUGUACGUUCAAGACGCGCAUGACCGAGAAGUUUAUGGGGAACUCGGCCGCUUCGAUGUCGACAACGAAGUGUACUACGAGGAAAUGGAAGGCGAGGGGAUGGAGGGCCAGGAGAUGGAAGGCGAGAACAUGGAAGGCGAGAACAUGGAACGCGAGGAGAUGGAAGACGACGAAACGCAACGCUAA